CAGCUGUUUCUUCCCGGAAAUCGAAUCCUCGUCGUCUUCACGUGUGUCCACGAUCACACGGAAUUCGUCGUAAUUUUUCAACUAGUAAACCGCAUUUAACGAGUGUUUUUACCCCCUCGAUAUAUACUCGUAGUAAUGUUUUAAUGGCUGACACGAUAAGUACAGAGAAUGAAGGAGAUGAUCUGCAGUCACAAAUGGAGGAGGUGGAGGCUCUGUCGUCCAUCUACGGUGACGAAUGGUGUGUCAUCGAUGAAGCGUCCAGAAUAUUUUGCAUCAAAAUAUCAAACAACAUGGAGGAGACCAAACUGACGGCGUGUUUGCAGAUAAUUCUCCCUCCUGAUUAUCCCAGCGCGGCCCCACCAAUCUACCAGAUCAACGCAGCCUGGCUGCGGGGCUCUGAGAGGGUUCGAUUGGCCAACAGUCUGGAAGACCUCUAUGUGGAGCAUGCAGGGGAGAGCAUCCUCUACAUGUGGGUAGAAAAAAUCCGUGAGUUCCUGCUCGAGAAAGCUCAAGACUCUGAAACAGUGGAGCGGUCAAAGACGGCGAACGUCACCGCAGAGGAAGACGUGGACGACCAAGAUGCGCCCGACUUUACCCGUCUCACGUUGAGUGCAGAGGAGGCGCAGCGCUUCCUGGAGCACACAACCGAUGAAGAGGCGCCGCCGAUCAAACACGGCGGCUGCGUGACAGACCGCCGCAGCACUUUCCAGCCUCACCUUGCUCCUGUGGUGACGCCAAGACAGGUCAAAGCCGCGCUGGAGCGACUCUACGACAACAAGAAGAUUGCCAGCGCCACUCACAACAUCUACGCCUACAGGAUUUACUAUGAAGAAAAAAACAGCUUCCUGCAGGACUGUGAGGAUGACGGCGAGACAGCAGCAGGUGGCAGGUUGCUCCAUUUGCUGCAGAUUUUGGACGUGCGAAACGUGCUGGUGGUGGUGUCCCGUUGGUAUGGAGGGAUUCUGCUUGGUCCCGACCGCUUCAAGCACAUCAACAACUGCGCUCGGAGCAUCCUAGUGCAAGAGGGAUACACUGCCUCAUCGGACGAUGCCAAAUCAGCGGGGAAGGGAAAGCGGCCAAAAAGCAAGAAGACAAAAUGAUUACGCCGAAAAAAGACUUUUAAUGGACUUGUCGUUUUCCAGCCUUUGUUGUUUUUACUUGGAGGAAAAAGUGCGGUUGAAAGCGUUUUGGUCAGUGUUAACGCCCGACGGCAUUUCACGACCCGCGUUUCCAUUUUGAACGCACCAUUUGUGUUUCUGUGACUACUGCAGUGACACAGAAAUAGAAAGGCUGCGCCGAAAACUAAAAGUGGGUCGAAUACCAGGGAAAAAAAAAAUCGUUCGUCAAGAAAAAAAUAGAAUCAUCACUGCUUUUGAUUUUGAUUUGUAUCAAUAACAAGAUGUAUUUUUUAAAACAUAUAUUUACUAUUCUAUAUCUUCUCAAUAUCCAAAAGGAUAUUUAAUUUUUUCCAACAAAUAAAUAAAUAAUCCCAGACGGCUCAGCAUCAAUAAAAUGACACAGUUU